AGGGAGAUGAGAUAAUGCUAACUCAACACCAAUAAUCCACCCAGCCCUAUACCUCCCUCUCUCUCUUUGAUAGUGCUAUGGCUGAAGUAAGGACUGAACCAGUAGCCAGUCAUGAUGAAGGGGGCAGCAUUACUGCAGAUCAUCAAGUUAAUGGAAGGCCACAAAGACAAAAGAAAAGAAGGUGUUCAAAGUCUUGCUGUUGCUGGACUGGAGUAGUAUUACUAGUACUUGGUACAUUACUGGUUGCUGGAUUAGGAGUUGUGUAUUAUUAUAAAAAUCAAAUAUUCUUUUACAUUUUUAACAAGGAAUUAUCGUUAACAAAAAGCUCACCAAUGACACCAAUUUGGUUGAAACAACCACCUGAAAUCUACAACAUUUAUUAUUUUAAUAUAACCAAUCCUGACGAGAUUCAGUAUGAAGGAGCUGCCCCUAAUGUAGAGGAGAUUGGACCGUUCACAUAUCUGAAGGAAGUCACUAAUGAGGACGAGUACUGGAACAAAGAUGAAACACUCUUAAGUUAUAAAAGAACAAUACUCUACACUGAUGAUCUAUCAGUGAUGGAUCCAUACUCAACUACAGUAACUACAAUUAAUGUUCCUCUACUGGGUUUGCUAAAGUUGCUGGAGGAUAUCGAGGACAAUCCAAAAUACAAAGAAUGGAAACAAGUCCUUGAUGAUAUAUUCAGAAGUGGUGAUUGGAUUAACGAGUUGCUUGAUAUAGAGCCAUUGUUCGUCAGUAAAACAGUGGAUGAGAUACUCUGGGGCUACGAAGAUCCACUUUUUAAACUAGUCCAUGAGUUAGAUCCAACUCUACUGCCUAUGGCAAACUUCUCACUUGAAACUAGAGAAAAGGUCUAUGAGUAUAAUGUAAUAUACACAGGAAAGAAUGACUCGGCCAUUAGGAGCAACUUCUAUAUAUGGAAUGGAAUGACUGAUAUAUCUGAAUGGGGCACAGCUACUGCAAGAAUGAUCAAUGGAACUGAUGCUGUAGUGUUCCACAGCAAUGUAUCAAGGAAUGACACACUAACAGCUUUUACUGAUGAUUUUGAGAGGUCAGCUUAUUUCUCAUAUGAAAGUGAUGAGUAUAUCUAUGAUCUGCUGAGCUAUCGGUUCAUACUUCCUACUGAAGCACUGAACACUUCAAAUAUUGACCCAGGGUACUACCCCAACGGUCCCAAUGGACUAUACAAUGUAUCAGCUAUAGAACCAUUCAAUGCUCCUUUCUUUAUCAGCAAGCCACACUUUUUAGAUGGAGACCCACAACUCGUCACAAAUAUAACUGGACUACACCCAAACAAGAGUGUACAUGAUUCAUACCUGAACGUAGAACCAAUCACAGGUACAACAGUUAAAGCAGCAAAAAAACUUCAAGUGAACGUUGAAAUGAAGCAAAGGGAAGAAUUCAUACAAUUAAGAUAUCUCAAGGAGCUAACGUACUACCCUUUGUUCUAUAUUGUUAAUGUUGGAGCCAUCAAUAAAACACAAGCAAAUGUACUACAUGACAUUAUAAAAUAUUCUCGUGGAAGUUUCACAGUAGGGGUUCCUGUAUUAAUGGGGACAACAGGAUUCGUUGUCUUGUUAUUGUUUGUUUGCGUGUUUGUUUGUAUAAUAAAAAUAAGAAAAACAAAAACAAUAAAGAGAAGAAGAGGAGGAGCAGUCAAUGAAACAACAACAUUAUUAACACAAUGACAUUAUUAAUAUUAAUAACCACACCCAAUUAAU